CAAGAAAUCAGGGAUUAUGCGAACUAGAAAGAGACCCUUGAUUGAAGAAGAUGAAGGUGAAGAGACUUUCAUCAACAAUAGUGAUUAUGAAGAGAGUGGAAAGGGUGAGGAGACAAAUGGAGGUGAAGGAUUAGAAAGAGACGUGUUUGAAGAAGAGGUGAAUCAAGAUGAAGAGGUGAAUGAAGACGAGGAGAGAGAUGAACAGGAAGAGGAGGAGGAUGAAGAAGAGGUUGUGACUGGCAAGCCAGUAAAUCCAAGAAGAACUCAUACUCCAACUCCAAUUGCAGAAUCAAAUAAUGGGAAUGUUACACCUUCAAACGCGUCCGAUAUUGCCACCAAUAGAAUCACCAGUACUAGUAGUACUACCAGUACUUCUACUACUACUACUACUACUACUCUCCCACCACUUUCAAAUGGACUUGGAGUCCCGGUAGAAAAAUUAUCAUUUCUUCAUCAACAAUCAGAUAUUCAACUUCAAUCACCAACCAAAAGAAGAGAACUUCAACAACAACAAUUACCUCCAGCUACCAGAGAAAAUGAACCUAGAUUAGUAAUUGAUCUGCUUGUAUUGACCAACUUCAAGUCAUAUGCCGGGAAGCAAAUCAUUGGACCUUUCAAUGCAUCAUUUCUGGCGGUUGUUGGACCUAAUGGUAGUGGUAAAUCUAAUGUAAUUGAUUCAAUGUUGUUUGUAUUUGGAUUUAGAGCACUGAAAAUGAGACAAGGUAAACUUUCUGAAUUAAUUCAUAAUUCUGAAGGAGGACAAAAAUUAGAUUAUUGUCAAGUUGAUAUACAUUUCCAUAAUGUUAUGGAUGAAGAAGAAGGAAGUCAAGGAGAGAAAUCCAGUACUAAAGUGCCCAAUUCUGAAUUAAUUAUUAGUAGAAAGGCCUUUAGAAACAAUUCAUCACAAUAUUAUAUUAAUGGGAAAUCAAGUAGUUAUACUGAAGUAACUGAUUUCUUAAAGGGGAAAGGUAUUGAUUUAGAUCAUAAGAGAUUUUUAAUUUUACAAGGUGAAGUUGAAUCUAUUGCACAAAUGAAAGCCAAGGCAGAAAGAGAAAAUGAUGAUGGAUUAUUAGAAUAUCUUGAAGAUAUCAUUGGAACUGCUAAAUAUAAACAAUUGAUUGAAUCCAAUUUACUGAAGAUUGAUGAAUUAAAUGAUGUUUGUUUGGAAAAGGAAACUAGAUUUGAAUUGGUUGAAAAGGAUAAAGAUCUUCUUGAAGAUAAAAAGAUUGAAGCAUUAAGAUUUUUAGAAAUGGAGAAGAAAUUAAUCAAUAAGCAAUCAAUUCAAUUCCAAGCAAAUAUUUUAGAAGGUGGAGAAAAAUUAACACAAAUAAUGUCAAAGAAAAGUAUACUUGAUGAAGAACUUUCCAAGGAAAAGGAAGCUAAUAAGGAACUUAAUAAAGAAAUUGAAUUAUUUCGUGUUAAACAAGAAGAAAUUAAACAAUUUCUUGAUUCUUUAAAGGAACAAGAAAGACAACUUAUUAAACAACAAAAGCAAGUUGGUAAGGCAUCAGUAUCUAUAGAGGAAAAAGUUAAGAAUUUAACUAAUCGAGCUAAAAAGGCUGAGAAAUUAAUUCAAUCACUGGAAAUGACAAUAAAUUCAUCAACAAUUAAAUUACAAUCUAAUUCAGAAAUUUCCAAUCAAUAUAAAAUUGAAUUAGAAGAAUUAGUUUCAAAUUUAGAUAUUGAAAAAAGGAAAUUAGAAGAAAUUAGAAGAAAUUUAACUACUAAAACUUCAGGAUUUAGUAAAGAAAUUGAAAUUUUACAGAAAAAAUUAGAACCAUGGAUGGAUAAAUUAAAAGUUAAUGAAGGUUCUAUAACUCUUAUAAAUUCACUGAUUCAAAUGUUACAAACACAAAGAGAAAGUGUUGAGAAGCAAUUGAAUGAAGGACGUCAAAAAUUAAUGAAUAUUAAAGUUGAUGGUAAGAAAAAGGAACAAGAACUUUUAGAAUCUAAGGAAAAACUUAAUGUUGUUAUUGAACAAAUUCAACUUAUGGAUGAAAAAUUAAAAUUACAACGAGAAGAAUUAUCGAAAAAGAAAUCUAAUCUUUCUAAUAUAAGACAACGUACACAAGAUUCGGUUAAUUCAUUUUCCAAGAAUCAAAAUAGAAAUAAUGUUUUAACCAGUUUAAUGCGAUUAGCCAAGUCUGGACGUAUUGAUGGGUUUUAUGGACGUCUUGGAGACCUUGGAUCUAUUGAUGAUCGGUAUGAUAUUGCCAUAUCCACUGCAGCUCCAGGACUUGAUUCCAUGGUUGUGGAAACGGUAGAAACUGCUCAAAGUUGUAUUGAUUAUCUUCGUAAGAAUAAGUUGGGAUAUGCCAAUUUUAUAUGUCUUAAUAAGUUAAGAAAAUUUGAUUUAAGGCCAAUUUCCACCCCAGGGAACCCUGCAAGUGUUAAAAGAUUAUUCGAUUUAAUUCAACCAUCAAAUGAUAAGUUUUUACCAGCAUUUUAUAGUAAAAUGUUCAAUACUCUUGUUGCAUCUAAUUUAGGUGAAGCCAAACAGGUUGCAUAUGGAGCGAAAAGAUGGAAAGUUGUUACAUUGGAUGGGAAAGUAGUCGAUACUUCAGGUACCAUGUCUGGAGGUGGUAAUUAUGUUGCACGAGGAGCAAUGAAAUUAUCAUCACAAAGAUCUAAUAAUUCAGAUAAUUUAAGUGAAGAAGAAGUUGAAAAAAUGAGAAUUGAAUUAAAUCAAUUAGAAUCACAAUUUGAAUUAUUAUCAAGAGAAUAUCAAGAAAAUGAAAAUGAAUUAAGAUCUUUAAAAGAACAAAAACCUGAGUUAGAAUUCACGAUUUCAAGAUUACAACUUGAUAUUGAAGCAUUGAUUGCUGAGAAGAAGGAAACUCUGAUUGCUUGUAAGGCACUUAUCGCAGAAAGUGAGAAUGAUACUACCAAUCAAGAAAUUAAUUUACAAAUUCAAGCAAAGGAAUUAGAAAAAGGUAAAUUAAUUAAAGAAGGUGAAGAAUUAAAGGCACAAAUGGUUGAUUCUGAACUGCAAAUAAAGCAAUUAGAAGAAAAAAUCUUACAAGCUGGUGGAGUUGAAUUAAGACUUCAAAAUUCUAAAGUUGACUCAAAUAAACAAAAAAUUGAAAUUUUAAAUGAAAAAAUUUCAAAUGAUAGAUUAUCAGUUCGUAAACUUGAAAAUGAAAUUAAAAGACAUACCAAGAUUCUUGGAGAAUCUCAAGAUUCUUUGCAUGAAGCUGAAAAGGAUUUGGAAGAAAGUAAAGCUUUACAAGAACGGAAAAAGGAAGAACUUGAGAAAUUGAAUAAAUCAUUACAGGAAAUAGAGAGUGUAAAAGAGGAUAAACAAACAGAACUUGAUGAUUUAAACGUACAAAUGGAAGAAAAGAAUCAACAAAUCAACGAGUUUAAGUCCAAGGAAAUUGAAUUGGAAGAAAAGAUUGAAAAAUAUGCUCAUAUUAUCAAGAAAACCAAGAGAGAUAUAGAAGAACUGGAAGAAAGUUUAAGUGGAUUGAUUGUACGAGACGUCGAACCAUACAUCGAAUGGCUUGAUAAUGAUGAAGAAAAGAGGAAAUAUGACGGAGGUGAGAUUGAAAAAUUAUCUAAAGAGGAAAUUGACCAUAUUGAUAUGGAUACAGUGAAUAAAGAAAUUGAAGAGUUGGAAACUUAUAUGAAUAAUGUUAAGGUUGAUAUAGAAGUCCUUAAAGAGUAUGGAUCAAAGAAGGUGGAGUUUGAAAGUCGUAGAAAUGACUUGAACCAUGCCGUUUCCGAACGUGAUGGAAUCAAGGGAUAUUGUGAAGAAUUGAAGAGGAAACGAUUGGAUGAAUUUAUGGAAGGGUUCAACACCAUUUCCAUGUCUCUUAAGGAAAUGUAUCAAAUGAUUACCAUGGGAGGAAAUGCCGAGCUUGAGUUGGUCGAUAGUUUAGAUCCAUUUUCUGAAGGGAUUUUAUUCAGUGUCAUGCCUCCAAAGAAAUCAUGGAAGAAUAUAUCCAAUUUAUCUGGUGGAGAAAAGACCUUGAGUUCACUUGCCUUGGUUUUCGCCUUGCACAGAUAUAAACCAACUCCUUUGUAUGUUAUGGAUGAAAUUGAUGCUGCUUUGGAUUUCAGAAAUGUUUCCAUUGUGGCAAAUUAUAUCAAGGAGAGGACAAAGAAUGCACAAUUUGUGGUUAUUUCAUUGCGGAAUAAUAUGUUUGAAUUAGCUCAACAAUUGGUCGGAAUCUACAAGGUUAAUAACAUGACCAGAAGUAUUUCACUUCAAAACAAGGAUUUCCUUGCGGAUGAUGAGUAAUUAUGUAUAGAACUUAUGUAUAAUAGAGGAAUGUAAAAUAUAUAAAAGUGUAUGCAUUUGUUCGAAUUAUUAUUAAU